GUGGGUCACACUCUUCUGGAAACCAAAGCCUGCCUGGUGCCAUCUGAUAUUACUUCUCACCCASGCUGGUCCUCUCCACAAUGUCUGCCAGCUGCAUCCACGCAGCUGGAUCCUCAAUAGAAACGUGCUUGUCAAGGACRCUUUAGAAGAUCACUCAGCACUUGCAGAUGAGCUAGUGGCUGAACUGCCAGUUAUGACAAAGUCCUCUCAAUUGAGUGCCUGGAAAAGCAAAGGAGGACAGUCCUUGGGAUGGAAAAGCCCCAACACCUCUUGCUGUACACAACAGAAGUCCCUGGCCAAGAAUUAACUGCAGGAGAAGGCAGCUAUCCAGCUCCUAGAGGAAGAAAUUCARACUACUGACAUCCUACUGARAUGGGAAAAAUCAUCAUUUAUGAGCACGUCAACUUCCAGGGUUUGUCCAAAGAAUUCACCACCGACACUCCCAACCUAACCACUGUAGGCUGGAAUGACAUUGUSUCYUCAGUGAAAGUAAUUGGSCAGCCCUGGGUGGCUUAUGAGCACGUUCACUACAAGGGUCAGUUUCUGGUAUUUGAGGAGGGAGAAUACKCCUCUGUUGGUAAAGAGAUGAAUGACAAGAUCAGCUCUCUGCAGCUGAUCACUGACGAUCUGCACAAUCCCCAGAUCACUCUCUAUCAGCACGUUGAGUAUAAAGGGAGGAGCAGGAUAGUGACAGAAGCAACCGACCUGGCUGGGGGAGAGGACAAUAACAUCGUGUCCUCUCACAAAGUCCAGAGGGGUGCCUGGCUKCURUGUGAAAACAGCGAUGGGAGCGGAYCCCGACACCUCGCCCGGGAGCACGAAGAUGUUCCCAAUUACAAGGAAAUCGACUUCAAUGACAAGCUCUCAUUCCUGCGUCCCCUUCGCCCUGGSCGUGACUCUUAGAAUGCAAAUCCUGUGACCCUGAGGGAAGAUGCAGCCCCAGCAAGAAAUGUGAGACCUCGAUCUCUGCCUCUGCUUGUGUCCCUUCCUUUGUGAUUUGCUUUCCAGUGCCCUUGUGGUACCUUGGCCUCUGCCACUGUCUGUAAUCUCUUUGGGGUUGGUGCCAUUAAAAACUCUUUUG